AUGGCUUCGAAUUUUUUUUCUAGUUCUUUUUUGCCUACUCUAAAUUCGAGAGGAAAGGACACUAAUGCAUUAACUAUUAAAGAUAAACAAUCGAUUCUUCAGGAGCCUUUAGAAACUACGACACUGAAGCAGACAUCCAAAAAUGAAGAUGAAAAUGAAACCGAUUCCAUUCAUUUGUCAUUACAUCAAAAAGGGACUUCCGCGCUAGCCUGGCUGAUGUGCUCUCUAGUUGGGUUUUCGGGAUUCUCUUAUGGUUGGGAUACAGGUACCAUUUCUGGUAUUAUUAAUAUGCCUGACUAUUUGGAGAGAUUUGGAGAGUGGAACUAUAGUACCAAUGCAUACGAACUUUCUGAGGUGAGAAUGGGCUUGAUCAUUUCUUUCGUGGCCAUCGGUGCCGCAAUAGGCGGAAUUACCCUUGGAAAAGUAGCCGAUAUCUAUGGCAGAAAACCAGGGUUGAUAAUUAGUAUGAUAGUUUACAUAGUUGGGUGCAUCAUUGAAAUCACUUCUACAGAUAAAUGGUACCAAUUCUUUAUUGGCCGAAUUAUUGUUGGCAUUUCCUUUGGCUGCAAUUGUGUAUUGGGGCCAAUGUUCAUUUCAGAGAUUUCACCUAGGGACCUCAGGGGCACCUUGGUUUCUCUCUUCCAGCUAUUGAAUACUGCUGGCAUUUUUGUUGGCUACUGCGUUGUUUACCACUGUAACCAUCACUUUACAGGCACCAAACAAUGGAGAGUUCCCGUUGGAGUGUCCUUUGUGUGGGCAUUUUUGACCAUUCUCGGGGUGAACUUCGCACCAGAGUCUCCACGAUUCUUAUUUAAAAAAGGAAAAGUUGAUGAAGGAAGGAAAUCAAUUUCUAGAAUCAAUAAGGUUCCAGAUGACUCUGUGCUAGUAACAGUUGAAGCCGAUAGUUUGACCAAGUCUAUUGAAAGGGAAAAACUUGAAGGUAACUCAUCAUGGAGAGAGUUGAUAUAUGGCAGACCAAAGUUAUUUUAUAGAGUAUCAUUAGGCCUCAUAGUGGAAUCAUUGCAGCAACUAACGGGAAUUAAUUAUUUCUUUUAUUAUGGCACUACAAUUUUUACUUCUGUUGGUUUGCAGGAUUCCUAUGUUACCUCAAUUAUCUUGGGUAUGGUCAAUUUUGUGUCCACUUUCGCAGCUUUGUACUUCAUUGAUCACUUUGGUAGAAGAAACCCUUUACUUCUUGGGGAUCUAUGUAUGAUGAUAUGCUUAGUGAUAUUUUCCUCACUUGGUUACAAAGCUUUGUAUCCGGAUGAAUUUGGUGUCGAUGCGAAUAAGUCAGCAGGAAAUGCUAUGAUUUUUUUCACUUGCCUUUUCCUUUUCUUUUAUGCCACGACUUGGGGGCCCAUUCCACCCGUGAUCCUUUCAGAAUCAUACCCUUUGAGAAUUAGGGCUAAGGCUAUGGGCAUAGCCAUGAGCGCCAACUGGUUCUGGUGUUUUCUUAUUGCAUUCUUUACUCCAUUUAUUAGUGGAGCUAUCCAUUUUGCUUACGGCUUUGUCUUCUUUGGAUGCACGUUUGUUGCAUUUUUUUACGUUUUUACGUGCGUGCCGGAAACCAAAGGAAUGCCAUUAGAGGAUAUCGACGAUAUGUACGCUCGCUUAACUCCAGGAUUUGCCUUCAGACAAACACAACAAGACAAGGAAGCGAAAGGAUUUUAG